CAAGCGAAGUUAUUAAUAAUGAAUAUUGGAACAUUGCUAUGCCAGCGGAAUUAAAGCAAUUUGAAUGAACUCAAGUUAGCUAGGAGCUAGGUACUUCAUUAAAGCAAAUUUCAAUGAGCUCAAUGUUUCGAAAUAAAACUAAUGAUUUAGGUAAAAUGAGUCGAAAUAAAGCUCGGGUAAUUACUAAAGCUAUAUAUGGUCAGGAAAUGGAGAGGUUGUUGCCCGGGCAAAGGAUCAAAUGCAAUAGUAUUGGGUAUUGUCAUGACUCGAAAUGUCGUGACCGUGUUGAUCGUCUGAAAAACGUUGUCAUCUGGUUGUCUUGCUAUAAGAGGGGUAAAGGAGGUGACAUUAGCUAUAAGGCGUUGUCUGCCUGUGCAUCGUUUCUGGCCGAGCCAGGAUGUGGCUAUGAAGGGGAUCGUUGCAAGAGAAGGCACAACUGGUCGGAGGCUAUUGUCGCCUCCCUGAUGAGCCCAAGGCAGGGCGAAACCAGUUGGCAUGCGUAUGCGAAAAGGUUGGUCUUAAGAGAUGAGUGCACCUCAAGACGCCGCACGGGCUUCGAAAGUCUAUGUCUGUGACAGUAUCUAUGGGGUGUAUAACUAAAUUUCAUCCUUUUAUAUGUAUGGAUAGGUCUAAUAAUUAAGAUUAUAGUACUUUUUAUAAAUUCUUCAAUUGGCUUGUAUUUCUUCCAGUGGCGGAGGGAGAUAAGGAAGAGAAGGGUCCUAGGACCCCACUUGGCAAAUAAUUGGGCAACAAAACCCUUUAAAUACAUAGGUUUUAGUACGAUAAUUCAAGUUUAGGACCCCAUACUCUCAAUGAUGUUAGCUCACCAAGGACCCCGGUUAACUCAAAAUUCAUUAGGUACACAAGCAUUUAUGUUAGUAAAAUUUUAAGGACCCCAGUGGACUCGAUGUCUGGCUACGCCACUGAUUUUCUUCUUCCUCUUAACACAAAUUCUUUAAAAAAAAUUUCAGAUAAAU